CUAAAAAUAACUUCUACGUAUAAGAAAACUAGUUUUCCAGUUAUGAAAUGAUACAAAUCCUUGGUCUCCUAUCUUUGUCGACAUCUCCGGCUUGAUGCGGUGAUUGGUACGUAGUUUGCUUGUUGUUUACAAUCAACAUUCUUUAGCAUUUUGAAAAAUCCUCUCGUCGAUUAUAAUCUAAAAAGUACGACGACCUUUUGGUGAAAAGUGAUGGAUCUAAUACACAAAUUCCUAAUCAUCGUUUCUGGUAUUCUAUCGGUCAUCUCAUGCAUCUUCGUCUUGCCGAUACUUUCAUUGUUCCGCAUCUUGAGGUUUUGUAUCAGAUCUGUACUCCGAGAAAAACUCGCCGGGAAAGUGGUGCUUAUUACAGGUGCUUCAUCUGGUAUCGGCGAGCAUUUGGCGUAUGAGUAUGCAAAACAUGGAGCGAGUCUAGCGUUGGUUGCGAGAAGAGAGGAACUGCUUGCGACGGUUGCCGGGAAAGCCAAGGAGCUGGGAGCGCCGGAGGCAAUUGUGAUCAAGGCCGAUGUUUCCAAGCUUCAGGAUUGCAAGAGAUUUGUCGAUGAAACAAUCAACCAUUUCGGUAAAUUAGAUUGUCUUGUAAACAAUGCUGGAAUCAUUACAAUUGGCCUCUUUGAAGAAGAAGGAUGCAUCACCAAUUACACUUCUAUCAUGAACGUGAACUUUUGGGGAUCAGUUAAUGCCACACAUUUUGCACUACCACAUCUGAGAAAUUGUAAAGGGAGAAUAGUCGUGAUUGGUUCUACCGGUGGAUGGUUUAAUAUGCCAGGAAUAAGCGUGUAUAAUGCAAGCAAGGUAGCGCAACAAAGCUUCUUUGAAACACUACGAAUCGAGCUUGCUUCAGAUAUUGGGAUAACAAUUGUAACUCCAGGGGUGGUAACUACACCGUUAGCUAGUGAUGAAGUCUUGAAUGAGUCAAAUUUAUGGUGGAUACCAAGGUACUCAGCAGAAGAUUGUGCUAAAGCAAUUGUGAACAGUGCCAGACGUGGAGAUGAAUACUUGACUGAGCCAGCAUGGAUGCAAUCGGUCUUCAUAUGGGUGAUGCUAUUCCCAGAGAUAAUGAACAUAGUCCGACGCUUAAUCCUCAUUGCUAGUGGGAAGACUUCAUCCCAAAAAUGGAAAUCUUGCAACAAUAUUGGUUCACUUGAAUCCCUCAAUUCCAAUCCUAAACAUGACUAAACUCAUCUAGUAUAUAUGUGGAAUGCACCCGGCCAAUGGGCUAUAAAGUUUAUUAUUUUAUCGUACGUAAAAAUAGCAUAUAGGCCAAGUGUAUAAUUAACUAAUAAUGUUUUGGUUUCAAAUAAAAUAUUGGAAACUAGAUAUAUGAAUA